UCAAAGUAUUGAUUUUUGUUAAAUUAAAUUAUUUUGUUAUGAAUAUGAAGAGAGAAAGUGGGACCCAUCUAGUUUCAUUUCCAUGGGAUUUUUCAUUUUUUCUUUUUUCUUUUUUCUUUUUUCUUUUUUCUUUUUUAUUAAUAAUAAUCUGCUACCAUCCCAGUUGAGAGAGUGAAGAGCUUAAUCUUGUUCUUUAAAUAGCUGCACUUCUGAAAUCGUCUUCCCCCCUUCUCUCUCCUCUUCACACUCACUCCUUUCUCUCUCUCUUUCUCUAGCUGGUUCUAUCAGAAGUUUUUCCGGCGGUGGUUGGCCGGAGAAUGGCAUAUAUGUGUACGGACAGUGGUAAUUUAAUGGCGAUAGCUCAACAAGUGAUAAAGCAGAAACAGCAGCAAGAGCAACAACAACAACAGAGCCAUCAACAGCAGCAACUCACUGGUCUAAGUCCCUUUUCUCUUAAUCCAUGGAGUACUGUUACUCACCACAACACCAUGUCUAAUGCUCCGAAUUUGGGUGGUUAUGGGUUGGCGGGUUCUGGCUUUCCUGAUCCAUUUCUAGUCACUGGUGGUUCGGAUACAGGUGAACCAGGGUUUCAGUUUCCUCACAUGGAUCACCACUCAACUGGGUUUCGAUUUUCAGAUUUCGGCGCCGGUCCAGGUGGCGAGUUUGAGUCUGACGAGUGGAUGGAUAGCAUAAUGGGCGGUGGAGAUUCAACGGAUAGUUCAAAUCUUCCUUCUGGUUGUGACGCGUGGCAAAACAAUGCUGCGGAUUUCGUUCUCUACGGUGCUGCUGAUCCCUUCGCCGCUUGCCCGAGUCGACUCAGUAUCCCUUCUUCAUCAUCACCUUCGGAUCUCAACCGAGUUAAUCUAUUCAACGAAACCCAGCAGAAAAACCCUAACCCACUUCAGCAGACUCAAGUUUCGCCAUGGAUCCCACCCCAAGCUCCUCAGUCUCCGCCAGUGGUAUCGAAGGACUCAAAAUCGACAAAUCCUCCACCGUCGCAUAGCGUAAGGAAGAACGACGUUAUCGGCGUGUCUACCAGCUCACCAGAAAUCGAAUCGGCGCCACCGCUUUUUAAAGCCCUAAUUGACUGUGCUCGACUCACUGAAGCCGAACCAGAGCGAGCUGUGAAAUCAUUGAUUAAGCUUAAGGAAUCAGUGUCAGAGCAAGGAGAUCCGACUGAAAGAGUCACCUUUCACUUCGCCGAAGCACUGUAUAACAGAGUUUCUCUACCGGCGGAGAAAAGCUGCUCCGCCAUUUACGAAAGUGCUUCUUCUGAAGAUUUCACACUCCCUUACAAGGCUUUAAACGACGCUUGUCCGUACUCCAAAUUCGCCCAUUUGACUGCGAAUCAAGCCAUACUCGAAGCCACUGAAAGAGCUAGUAAGAUCCAUAUAGUUGAUUUCGGAAUCGUUCAAGGGGUUCAGUGGGCUGCCCUUUUACAAGCCCUAGCGACUCGGCCCACCGGAAAGCCCACUAAGAUUAGAUUAUCCGGCAUACCAGCUCUUGCCCUCGGCAGAACACCGGCGGCGUCCUUGGUCGCCACCGGUAAUCGUCUCUCCGAGUUCGCGAAGCUUCUUGAAUUGAACUUCGUGUUUGAACCUAUUCUAAUACCGAUUAGUGAACUUAACGAGUCAAGCUUUAGGGUCGAAGAAGACGAGGUCUUGGCAGUGAAUUUCAUGCUUCAAUUGUAUAACCUCUUAGACGAGACUCCAAUGGCUGUACAUACUGCUCUCAGAUUGGCUAAAUCACUAAACCCAAAGAUUGUUACUUUAGGUGAAUACGAAGCUAGUUUGAACCAAGUUGGGUUUAUGACUCGUUUCAAGAACGCUUUGAAGUACUACACGGCUGUGUUUGAAUCAUUGGAGCCUAAUUUAAGCCGUGAAUCGCCUGAAAGGCUUCAGGUUGAAAGGGUUUUGUUUGGUCGUCGAAUUGGUUGUGUAGUUGGGCCAGAGGAUCCUAGAACGAAAAGAGAACGAAUGGAAGAUAGAAAGGAAUGGAAAGCUUUAAUGGAAGGUUGUGAAUUUCAACCAGUGAAGCUAAGUCAUUACGCUGUUAGCCAAGCUAAGAUCCUUUUAUGGAACUAUAAUUACAGUUCUUUAUUUUCUCUGGUUGAAUCUUCACCUGCCUUUCUAUCUUUGGCAUGGAAUGAUGUCCCUCUUUUGACAGUUUCGUCAUGGCGUUAAUGGGUUUUUUUUCACCUCAAUUGGGGUCAUUGGUUCUUUUACCAGGUCUUUUAUCUCUGGUUUGGAACCAUGGCAAUACAUACCUAUUCUCAGCCAUUGAUGUUCUUUGUUCGAUGCUUCUUCUUAUUGAUUCAGAUAUGCAAAACUCAGUGUAACUCUGAUUUCGAUAUCUAAGCAUUAAAGUUACUGCAUUAUCAGAGGCUUUUGAAGAUUUUUGGGACAGAAAACUUGCUUUGUUCAUUUGGUAGUUUGUCUAGUUUUUUUCAACUUUCUUAACGUUAUAGUGGGCUUCUCUCUCUUUUUUUUUAUUUAUUUAUUGGGGGUUUUUCUUAUAGAUUUGAAUCUCGAAUAUGACUAAUUGUAGAAAAGGGAAUUGAAAACUCGAGGGAAUGGAAGAAUGCACUCUCCCUCUUUGUGUCUGUAAUUUUGCAUGUACAUUUGAAUCAAUGGGUUUAGUUUUGCUAUUAA